AUGCCACGACCAUCGUAUGCCUAUGACGUCGAGAAUUUCAGUCAUAUUGAGCGGGGAAGUGAGAGUGAGCAAAAUCGCUCCGUGUAUCAUUCUGGGGUAAGUGUCUUUGACCAAGUUCCCAAGAAUGGAAGUAUUGAAGAUGGACAAGGGUAUCGAACGAGACCUGAUCACUCUAUGAGUUUACGUCUUGCUCAUUCGUCGAAUGACGCUCAAAAUGGCUUCAACCAAAAUGCACACCAGCCCAUUCGUGGCGUAGCGUGCUCUGAUGAAGAGCACGGUUCGUGGCAUUGGACUCAUCCACCCACAUCUACUGGGUUCUCAGUUUCGAGUGAACGGUAUUCGUACAGUCGUCGCAAUGACCGGUCGCACCCUCCUUCUUUGACUUGGACACGAGGUCGACAAGCAUGUCUCUCCAUUGCCAAAGGCAAAAGACAAACACAGACUACUCAUUAUUACCGUGGUCGCGGUAUGGCACCUAUCAGUGACUCUCCCUCUUCGACCGACCGACGGUAUACAUCUUAUCCCUUCAAGUCUGCUCUUCCUACCCUAGAACACGAAGUUCCGGUUUCAGUGUCCAACGAAGACCCCCCAACGCCUCCAGAUUUGCGCUCCCCAAGAGGCGCCGUAUUUUCCGAAAAAGACUCUAGAUAUACCGGUAAGCGCGCUCUACUACCAAGGAUGGAAGUACAGGUGAAACGUACGAAAGGAUUCGACAAAUUUGAUUUGCUCGUAUCUGCAACACUCGAAAUCGGCCCACUACAAGAAAACCCGACGGGCUGCAGCUGCCCGAAGUCGAAGUGUGUCGCAUUGUACUGUGACUGCUUCAAGGCAGGACGACGAUGUAAUCCAAUUAACUGUAACUGUACAGCGUGCAAGAACACCAUAAACGAAAGCGGUCCCCAAGGUGCCCGUACGAAUGCGAUUCGAGCAAUUCUCGCCCGAAAUCCUAGGGCGUUUGUUACAGCAGGUGUCGCCAGUGCUGUACAAAAGCUGCCCGCUGGCCAAGUUGCUUGCAACUGUAUUCGGUCACGCUGCCUCAAACUUUAUUGCACCUGCUUUCAGGCCGGAAAAAUGUGCCAGCCAGGAAUUUGUACAUGCAUAGCCUGCGCGAAUUCAGUAGAAGAUCACCCAGAACGGAAGCAAGCGAUCAAGCAUACUUUGCAAAAGCGCCCAGAUGCCUUUCAAACCAAAGAUCGACCUGUAGGACUCGGGUGCGCGUGUAAAAACAACAAAUGCAUCCGCAAAUACUGCGAAUGCUUUCGAAACGGUCUCUCGUGUGCUGACAAGUGUUGUUGUCUCAAUUGCGAAAAUCGAAAGGUAGAAAGUAUGCAUACGCCAUCUAUUCCAACACGCAAUGAAAUGGUCUAG